AUAGGAAGCACAAUGGAUGUGGGGAAAGUGAUCUACACGUUGGUGGAGGUGAUCAUUGCUGUUAGCUGCUGUCUUGGUAAUAUGUUGGUUAUUUUGGCACUGUGGACCAGUAAAAGCAUUCAACAACCUACGUUCUGCCUUAUUGUCUGUCUGGCUGUGGCUGACUUUAUGGUUGGCUGCGUGGCCAUACCAUUGGCUGUGGUGGUGGACGGACGAGUUAAGACUUCAUUCCACGGCUGUCUCUUCAUCAGCUGUGUGGUCAUCUUGUUGACCUUGGUCUCAGUUUUGUCUCUCGCGGCUAUUGCAGCGGACCGAUUCCUCCGGGUGUAUGUCCCUCUGAGGUACAAAAGGACUGUAACACAGAGACAUUCUUGGCUUGUGGUAGCAGCAUGUUGGCUAGUUGCAAUUCCACUGAGUUUUGCUCCCAUAUUUGGAUGGUCCGACCACAAAACCUUGUCUAACUCAGUCAACUCUACUAUUGUCUGCCAGUUUAUAUCAGUGAUCCCCAUGUCAUACCUGGUUUACUUCAACUUUUUUCUCUGCACCCUGACACCUCUGUUGUUGAUGACUUUAUUGUACGGGUAUGUCUUCUGUACUAUUCGAGGAAACCUUCGAGAGAAACCAGGCAACGGUUUCCAAAAACAGUCUCAGAACUACCUAAUGAAAGAGAAACAGCUGGCAACAUCUCUGUUUCUGGUCUUGGCUCUGUUUGCCCUGUCCUGGCUCCCUCUCCACAUAAUGAACUGCAUUGUUUACUUUGGUGGACCGAAUGAUGUACCAGUAACAGCUUUGUACAUUGGCAUCCUGCUUUCUCAUGCUAACUCAGCUGUAAACCCAGUUGUGUAUGCAUUCAAAAUACAAAAGAUCAAGACAGCAUACCUAAAGAUUUGGAGACGGUAUAUUGCAUGUGGACAAGAAAAUCAAGGAUCUCAGACAAGCCAGACGACAGACAACAACCUCAGUAGUAACAUUAACAGUGUGGUCAAAAAUGAGUGAAGGAAUAUGUCCUUGUUUGUGUGCUUCUUUGUUCCUAAGGACCAACUUUGAUUGACUGUUGUGCAUAAAGAAACAUUUUAAAACAUGUUGAAAGGUUAAGAAAGUCCGUUACAGUAUGUGGAGUGUAUUGAAAUCCUAAAGCUACCUUUUAAUGGAUGAAGAUGAUAUUCUGUUUAUUGACACAGUAAACAAAUCUAGCCAUGUUUACUGAAAUAUCUGUUAUGUUCAGGAAUCUGUGUGUGUUUGUGUGUCCUGUAUAUGCGACCGAGCAUGCGUGUGCGCCUGUGUGUAUUGCAAAAAUUGUCUUGCAGAGGAAAAGGGCAACUUCCACUUGCCUUAUGACGUUUAGCUUCUCACUAAGUUUCAUAUCACUGUUGUCUUCCUGUUUCUGUUCCAGUUCCUCAUGUGCAUUUUAACAUAAACACUCUUUCUCAGAAAUAACCUUCACUAUCUUUGAAAAAUGAAUACAACUUUUACACUACUAUGUAAAUCUGGUCUGUUCAUAUUAACUGAUUGAUUCAUACUUUUUAUGCAGAAUUGUUAUCGUUACUUUGGGGACAGGCAUUGUGCACUUGACCAGAAAAAUAGAAAUCUAUGUACAUUGUAACAUAUAAUCCAAUAGAACAGCCCUGCAACACGUUCUUUUUUAAAACUUAAAAUGUUUUAUAUUUGUUCAGACUGUAUCAGACAGGUGUUAAUUCAGAUAUAUGGUAAUUUUUUAAUAUCUGUAAUUUGCUCUGUUGUUGGAUUGGAUUACAUAUAAUUCUGUUUAUAAUAUUCUGUUCCCCCUUGUAAAUGGAAAUAGCCAAAAUAUUAGACACACAUUUCAAAACAGCGCAGUCUAAUACAGCAACACCACAAAGUACAGCCUCAAAAAUGUUUCACAAAGGUAGAACUUAUUGCAGAGCUGUACUAUUGGAUGACAUUACAUUGCACAGAUGUUCAUAUUUUUAUGGUCAAUGGGUUUUUAAUGUCACCAAUACAUGACCAGCUACCAGUUGUACCAACACCAUUAACAAAAAGCCUAAACAAUAUACCGAUUUUGUUAUUUGUACCAUUUCGUGAGAACUGAUGUAUUUUAUUUUUAUUUUUAACAAGCAAUCUCAAGUACUUAUAGAAAUUCAUACAUGUCUGCUAAAUUGAAGAAGAAAUCCAACCUUAAACCUGUUAAUGGCAUUAAAAUGGCAGCUAUUGGCAAUGUGCAUAGCAUUUUUGGAUCGUUUUUAUUUAGGUGAUUUUCUUAUGAAGUACAGUGUCACAACGGGAUAUUUGAAGUGUACCCAGAAGGAAUAUAAUGAAAAAAAGACACCAAACCAUCAGCUAAUCAGAAUAAAAUAACUAUUCAUGAGUCAUCAUUUUGUACCAGCUGACAGGAUAGGCACUGACACUUGCUUGUAAUUUUGAGGGUACAUUGAUUUAAUUCAACUUUUUCUUUCACUUAUCACUAUUUCUUUCAUUAUACUGUUUUUUUAAUGUUUUUUGUUGCUUGUAUUUCAGAAAUUCAGUUUAAGUUCCUCAUUAUUUCUGUAUGUACUGUAGUUUCAUCAGAUCACUUAUCAGAUGUUUGUGGUUAGUUGAGUGAUAGUUAAGCCCUUUGCUUCAUUUCCUCACUCAAUUUGCAGCUCUAUUUUCUUCUGAACAUACAGUAUGGGUUUUAUCUGAUGUGAAAUUAAACUUGUGUUUAAUGUUUAUGAAUACAGUCUUUUAGUGAGUAUUUUCUUCCUGCUUGUCGUUAUCAGUUUCUGCUUGUUUACGAACCACCACUUUUAAGCAACUCAGUGUUUUAUUUGCAAAAGCUUAAAUCACAAUGUCUCAUUUCCUAUUUUUCAGCAAUGCAUCAGAUUCAGUAUCACACUGAACUGUCACAACUGUCUUGUCAAAGCAGUAGGGAAUCAAAUUUAGUUUAAAUUUUCUUUAUUCUUUAACAUCCCUUGCCAUCCAGUUACAAAGUUUUUUUUAAAUAUAAUACUUAAUAUAAUGCUGCUCCCACACUUGUGUAGGUUUUUAUUUAAUUUGAUUUCAAUUAUAACUCUUCAUGAUAAUUUUUCACCCUUUGGGGCUGUAGUCACAAAGAAUCUUAUCCUACCACUAGGAGUCCUCCUAAAAGGCAUUAAAAGUGUCUAAGAGUUUCCUCUUAAGAGCUAGAGCAACUUUACAGUUUUUUACAAUCGCUUUGACAGUUUUUUCAAUACAUUUAACAAGUUUCCUAAAUUCUUAACACGGUUAGCACAACAUCCGUCUUUGUAGGCUAUACAAUUAACACCUUUCUUGUUGCUUUGAUACAAAAUGCAUACAGUUAACACCAAUUUAAAAUGCUUGAACUGCUUUUACACACAAGCUCAACCAAGACCAAAACAAUGUAAUUUUACAGUCAAAUUUACAAAUGCUUUCACACUGCAUGUGACAGAUAACAUCAUGUUCUAAACAUAACUUAUAUAGGCUAAAGUCAAAGUGAACAGCUGUUCAUAUUGUGAAUUGAAACACAAAUAUAUUCCCUGUAUUUUAUUCCAUUGCUAAUGAGAAACAGCUUAUUGCAAUUAUGCAAUGAAUCACAGCUGAACACUGCCAGGGGUGGAUAAGGCAUGGCAAAAGAUUCUUCCCACUGCCAGAGAAGAUAUCAGGUGUGAUGUAGAUGAGAACAUGUGGCCAAAUGCAGAAGACCAGGCAGAUUAGAAGAUUACUUUGUUUUUUUUAAUUAUAAUUCCGGUUCUUUUUCUGUUUGUAUAUCUUGCAGUAAUGUCCUUUUGCAAAUAAAGUCUUCACUGCAGCAA